AUGGCAGGCUUGGUGUUCCUGGGGCUCGCACUAAGUAGUGGAGCCACUGUGGCUAAGUCAGAAGGAAGCAGCCCCUGCUCAAGGAGCCAGGUGUUCUUCAGAGACGCUUGCUAUGAGUUCGUGCCACUGGAGCACACCUUCCACGGUGCCCAGGGCUGGUGUGAAGAGCACGGAGGCCAUCUGGCCUUCAUUCCCGAUGAAGACACCCAGCAGUUCCUGCAAAGACACAUCACCCAGGACAGAGAAUGGUGGAUCGGACUCACGGGCGGCUCAGGGUACAAUGGCACUGUAGAAGGCUCUGGAACCUGGCUGGACACCUCAACUGUCAACUACAGCAACUGGCAGGAAGGACAGGCCACACCAGCCCCAGGGAGCUGCGGCUACAUCGGGAGUGGUCCUUCGUCUCAGUGGGCUGCCCUAGAGGGCUGCACACAAACCUUUGCCUUCAUCUGCCAGUUUGGGGCCGGCCACAGCCUGGCUUGUGAGGGCCACAACGCCACCAUGCACUGUGACUCUGGAGAGGUCAUCCUAGUCCAGGAUGCUUUCUAUGGGCGCCAGACCCCCUAUUUGUGCACUCGGGGCAUCUGGCCUCCCUCAGACCUGGAGGGAGAAUGUGGCUGGGUCAGCGUCAAGGAUGAGGUGGCAGGCCAGUGUCAGGGGCUGCAGGCAUGCCAGGUUGCGGCAGAUGGGACCUACUUUGGAGACCCGUGCCCCACCAGGGGCAGCUACCUGUGGGUGCAGUACCAGUGUCUAGAAGGUCUGCGGCUGGUGGUGCCCAAUGGGAGCUUCAUCUUUGACAAUGUCACCAUCUCCCUGAUGUGGCUCCUUUCUCCCUACACUGGAAACCUGUCCUGUGUACUCAGCAUGGGAGACGGCUAUACUUUCGACCCCUACUACCCUCCCAGUGUGUCCAGCAACGUGACCCACCAGUUCAGCUCUCCUGGGGAGUUCACAGUGUUUGCUGAGUGUACGACCAGCGAGUGGCACGUGACCACUCAGAAGCAAGUGAUCCUUCGAGAGAAGGUGGAGAGGCCUCGUGUCACUGGGUGCCCUGGCCUGUCUGGAUCUGGAGCCGGCCUUCUCUGUCAGGCUGUCUUUGGGGAACCCCUGUGGGUUCAGGUGGAUCUGGGUGGAGGAGCCGGGGCAACUUACGCUGUGCUUUCGGAUAACAGAACUUUGGCUGAGUUCAAUGCCCAGAGGGGCUCGCAGAUUUACAAUCUGACCCUGGACAGAGACAUCCAGGAGCUGCUGGGCCCUGGGAGGCACCACCUAAAGAUCCAAGCUGUCAGCAACAAUGGCACCGCCUCCACCCCCUCUGGAAACUUAACUGUGCACUUUGUGGAGCUGCUCUCGGGGCUGCGGGCCUCCUGGGCUUCUGACCUCGUGGAGCUUGGGUGGGACUUGGUGGUCAAUGUCUCCGUGACUCGUGGCACCCUGGAGGAGCUGACCUUCGAGGUGGCGGGACUCAACGCGAACUUCUCCCAGAAGCAAGAGAGUGUUGGGCAGUCAUUUGGGAACUACCACGUGGCGGUUCCUGCUGUAGGCACCUUCCUGGUCACAGUGCAUGUGCGGAAUGCCUUCUCAGAACUGAGCUUGGACAUCGGGAACAUCACGGUCACAGCCCCUUCUGGUUUCCAAGAACCAUCUAGAAUAAACGCUGAAGCAAAGAACGGACACAAACGGGACAUAAAGGUGAUCACUGAGCCUGAACUGUACGUGAACCCUUUCACAGAAGUCGCACUGGGCUGGCCGGAUGAUGACCCAGGAUUGGACUUCCACUGGUCCUGCGGACGUUGCUGGGCUCAGUGGCAUGCCUGUGUGGGGAGGCAGCUGCUCCACACAGACCAGAGGUUGCUGGUGCUCCAUACCUUCUGUCUGCCGCCGCUCAACUCCGUUGUCACCCUGCGUUUGGCUAUCCUAAGGGGCCAAGAGCUGGGGAUAGAGACAGAGCGGUGCCUCUACGUGUCUGCUCCCUUGAACCUUGGGCCUCAAAUCAGCUGUGAGAAGAACUGCCAGCCAGUGAAGGCCGACCAAGACGUUCUGCUCACUGUCACCGUGGGAGAUGAAACGCCAGUGGCCGUGUUCAGCUGGUACUUGGAUGACACCGCACCAGAGGAGGCUGAGCCCCUCCCAGCUGCCUGCAGACUCCGAGGAUUUUGGCCACGAUCACUGACCCUCCUUCACAGCAACUCCUCCGUGCUACUGCUGAACAGCAGCUUCCUGCAGACCUGGGGACCUGUUAUUCACAUCCGGGUCACAGCACUGACCAGCCACGCCUACGGGGAGGAUACCUACGUGAUCAGCACGCUGCCUCAACCUGAGGUGCCUGCCUGCACGAUUGACCCGGAGGAAGGUUCCGUGCUGACCAGCUUCGCUGUCUUCUGCAGCACUCCCACAGCCCCGGGCCCCGUGGAGUACUGCUUCUGCCUGCACUCAGGUUCCUGCCUCCACUGUGGCCCCGAACCAGCCCUCCCUGCUGUGUACCUGCCACUCGGACAAGAAAAGGAUGGCUUUGUCCUGACAGUAGUCAUCUCGGUCACCAAUCAGGCAGGGGACAGGGAGCAGACCCAAGUGGCAGUUAAGGUGGGACACGGUGACGCAGGUGUUGAAGAUGUGACAUUCCAGGAGAUGGUGUCAGAGAGAAUCGCCACAGCUCUGCACAGCGAGCGUGGCUGUGAACAGCUUCUCCUGCUUGCUAAGGCUGUGUCCUCUGAACUCAAUGAGGAGGACCAGAGGCCAGGCUCUGGGCAACUUAGAAUGGAUAUCAAGAGGAAGGUCAGAGAGCUUGUGCUGCGAUCACUGUCCACGGUCACAACUGACCUGGAGAACAUGCAGAGGGUCCAGGCUUUGGCGGAGGUGCUGAGAGAGGUGACUCAUCGAGCUGAGGAGCUCACACCUGUGGCCCAGUGGGAAGCCAGCCAGGCUCUGCAGCGUGUCACUAAAGCCCUGCUGGCAGCCAGUACCAAGGUUCGUCCUGAGGAUCAGAGACGCCAGGAAGCCACCAGGGCCGUGUUUGAAGCUGUGGGGAGUGUUCUGGAAGCUUCCCUCAGCCACGGAUCAGAAGAGCCUAUGGAGGCUAACAGCAGCCAGGCUCACAUUGUGGCCCAGCUGCUUCGGGUUGUAGACCAUUUGCAGAGCACCCUCCUGCUGGGGACAUUGCCAGGAGACCUUCCAGCCGUCCUGGUCGCCCCCUCCAUCUCUGUGUACACAGACAGAAUACAGCCACGGAGUUGGCGAGGCUCUUCGGUGCACACUGCUGCCGCUGACUCUGCGACCUUCACCCUGCCUGCCGCCACCUUCCUCUGCCCUAUGGAGGACAGCCAGGAGCCUGUGGACAUAAGGAUGAUGAGUUUCUCACAGAGCCCCUUCCCUUCCCGAAGCCACUUUCAUGUCAGCGGGACUGUUGGUGGACUUCGUCUGACCAGCUCCAGUGGCCAUCCCAUCCCAGUGAAGAACCUGUCGCAGAAUAUUGAGAUCCUGUUGCCCCGGAUUUCAGCACACAUCGAGCCGAAGAUGCUGAGCCUGGCCACCCGGGAAGCUCUGUUAGUGAAUGUGACGGCCAGGGACACAACUCUGGGGAUUCAGCUUCACUGGGGACCUGAGGUCCCACUCACACUCAGCCUGGGCUAUGGCUACCAUCCCAAUGAGACCAGCUAUGAUGCCCAAACACACCUGCCUCCUGUGGCGGCCGCAGGUGAUCCUUCCAUCUGGAUCCUGCACCCAGAGGACCUGCCCUUCGGAGAAGGAGUCUACUAUCUGAGGGUGGUUCCCGAGGCUGAUCUGGAGUCUAGCUCUGGCAGGAACCUCACAGUUGGCAUUACCACCUUCCUGGCACAUUGUGUCUUCUGGGAUGAAACCCAAGAGACCUGGGACGACUCUGGGUGCCAGGUGGGCCCACGAACCACCACCUCCCAGACACACUGCCUUUGCAACCACCUCACCUUCUUUGGAAGCACAUUCCUGGUGAUGCCCAAUGCCAUCAACGUCCGCCAGACUGCCGAGCUCUUUGCUACUUUUGAGGACAACCCCGUGGUGGUUAUAACAGUGGGCUGCCUCUGCAUGCUCUAUGUGCUGGUGGUGAUCUGGGCCAGGAGAAAGGACAUACAGGAUCAGGCCAAGGUGAAAGUCGUAGUCCUGGAGGAUAAUGAUCCCUUUGCCCAGUAUCACUACCUGGUGACAGUCUACACGGGACACCGGCGAGGAGCAGCCACGUCUUCAAAGGUGACGCUCACGCUGUAUGGCUCGGAUGGAGAGAGUGAGCCCCAUCACCUGUCGGACCCUGGUGCUGCGGUUUUUGAGCGAGGAGGGGUUGAUGUCUUCCUGCUUUCCACUCUGUUCCCCCUGGGAGAACUGCAGAGCCUCAGGCUGUGGCAUGACAACUCUGGGGACCGGCCAUCAUGGUAUGUGAGCCGGGUGCUCGUCCAUGACUCUGUGGUGGACCGGAAAUGGUAUUUCCUCUGCAACUCGUGGCUGUCUGUCGAUGUUGGAGACUGUGUCCUGGAUAAGGUGUUUCCUGUGGCCACAGAGCGGGACAGGAAGCAGUUUAGUCACCUGUUUUUCACUAAAACCUCCACGGGCUUCCAGGACGGACACAUCUGGUACUCAGUCUUCUGCAACGCCAGUCGGAGCAGCUUCACACGUGUGCAGAGGGUGUCCUGUUGCUUCUCGAUGCUUCUCUGCACCAUGCUGACCAGCAUCAUGUUCUGGGGUGUCCCUAAGGACCCAGCCGAGCAGAAGAUGGAUCUGGGCAAAAUUGAGUUCACUUGGCAGGAGGUGAUGAUAGGGUUGGAGAGCUCCAUCCUUAUGUUCCCCAUCAACCUCCUGAUUGUCCAGAUCUUCCGGAACACCCGACCUCGUCUCCCGAUGGAGAAGGAUGGGAGACAAAAACAGGGACCCUCUAACCCGACUCCCUCAGCGCAGCCCAUGGAGGAGGGACUUCUGACACCUGAAACGGGUAUACAGAAUCUCAUCAGCUCACUGUUUAAAGCCCUGAAGGUGCCACCCCCAGCCUCGGGCUGGGACUCUAUGAACCCGAUGGACAUUAACUACCUCCUCACUUUAAUGGAGGACAUCGUCUGUCCGGAGAGCACAGAGGGACAGGGGUUCUGGGAGGAAGCCAAAGGAAGAGAGGACCCUUUCAUCUCCACACGUGGGUCUGUGACACCGAAAGAGAACACGUGGCACCCGAAGCCCAAGCUGGCGGUGCGCAGCCUUUGGAAGGACAGCAUCUUCAGGCGGUGUCUCUACCUUCAGCUGGAGCACAUGGAGAGGGAGCUGCGGCUGGUGGGGCCCCAAGGCUUCCUGCACCGCCACAGCCACACGCAGGCCCUCAGACAGCUACACGUCCUGAAGGGUCACCUCUGGGGACAGCCUGGUACCCUGGCACUGGCAUUUCCCAGCAUGCCUCGGGCCAGCAAGUCUCCUCGUGGCCUGCCCUGGUGGUGUGUCCUAGUCGGCUGGCUCCUGGUGGCGACCACCAGCGGGGUGGCGGCCUUCUUCACCAUGCUGUACGGCCUGCACUAUGGACGAGCCAGCUCCCUCAAGUGGCUCAUCUCCAUGGCUGUGUCCUUUGUGGAGAGUGUGUUCAUCACCCAGCCCCUGAAGGUGCUGGGCUUUGCUGCUUUCUUUGCGCUGGUCUUGAAGAGAGAGGAUGAUGAAGAGACUUUGCCCUUAUUUCCAGGACAUCUGUCUAGCCCAGCUUACCUGGGUUUCCUGUGGAUGCUGCUGCUGGUGGCCUAUGGGCAAAGGGACCCCAAUGCUUACCACUUCCACCGACAUCUGGAACGUAGCUUCAGUCAAGGCUUUUCGCCUGUCCUGGGCUUCAGAGGGUUCUUCGAAUGGGCCAACACCACUCUUGUGAAGAACCUAUAUGGUCAUCACCCAGGCUUCGUCACUGACGGGAACUCCAAGUUGGUUGGCAGUGCCCACAUUCGCCAAGUGAGGGUCCGGGAAAGCUCUUGCGCUGUUGCCCAGCAGUUACAGGAUUCUUUGGAUGGAUGCCGUGGGCCGUAUUCCCUGGAUGCUGAAGACCUGGCAGACUAUGGAGAAGGCUGGAAUGCCUCUGCCCACAGUAACAGCCAUGGCUUCCCUUGGGCGUGGCGGUACCAGAGCCAGAGCCAACGCUGCGGUUAUCCCAAGUGGGGCAAACUUACCGUGUAUGGGGGAGGAGGCUAUGCGGUCCCUUUGGGAACCGAUCACCAAAGUGCCUCAAGGAUUCUCCAGUACCUCUUUGACAACAGCUGGCUGGACGCCCAGACCAGAGCAGUGUUUGUGGAGUUCACUGUCUACAACGCCAACGUCAACCUGUUCUGCACUGUCACACUCACACUGGAGACUAGUGGCCUGGGUACCUUCUUCUCACACGUGACCCUGCAGAGCCUGCGCCUGUACCCCUUCACGGAUGGCUGGCAUCCCUUCGUGGUGGCGGCUGAGCUCACUUACUUCCUCUUCCUCUUCUACUACAUGGUGGUGCAGGUGAGGGGGGGGAUCAGUUUCAGCGAGACAGCAGCGGCCGAUGCUGCUCUUGGUUACAUCAUCGCCUUCCUCGUCCUGCUGUCCACAGUGAAGCUUUGGCACCUGCUCAGGUUGAAUCCCAAAAUGAACAUGAUCACGUCAUCACUGCGCCGCGCCUGGGGUGACAUCUCAGGCUUUGUCACUGUCAUUCUUAUCAUGCUCCUGGCGUAUUCCAUUGCAUCAAAUUUAGUAUUUGGUUGGAAACUCCGUUCCUACAAAACCCUCUUUGAUGCAGCAGAAACAAUGGUCAGCCUUCAGCUGGGGAUCUUCAACUAUGAAGAGGUCCUGGACUCCAGCCCAAUUCUUGGCUCCCUCCUCAUUGGGUCCUGCAUAGUUUUUAUGACUUUCAUGGUACUGAAUCUGUUUAUCUCUGUCAUUCUGGUGGCCUUCAGCGAGGAGCAAAAGCCUGACCAGCUGUCAGAGGAAGGAGAGAUUGCGGACUUGCUCCUGAUGAAAACCCUCAGCUUUCUGGGCAUCAGAUGUAAAAGGGAGGAAACCUGGAGCAGCAGUGAGCAGCCAGAGUUGUCCCCCCAGGCUCUGUCUCCUCUGCCGGCACAAGCUUUGCCCCGGGUUUAA